UCUGGGUUUCAUUUUAAUGGGGAGUAGCCUACCCCGGGCUCGCUUUACAACCUAUGGAUGUACUGGACGGUUUUCAGUUGGUUUGAGCUUCGGGCGCGGAUGGGUGCUGCUUUCGGUUGUCCCCUCUCUUCUGACUAUGUGGCAGGCGUUCUGUUUUUUCCUUAUCUUUAAAACAUUUUUUAACGAAGCGAAUGUGAGAAAAGACGAGCCAUUUUUGACGUUUGAAUGGGACGAUUUCUGACGGGAGACGACCAGAAAGGCUAAUUGGUGUGGAUCUCUCUCUUAGGGGACGUCUUUAAAAAAAAUUCAAACCCAGCGACAGUCACGACGUGACAGCGGGGGAAGGGCUCUGGUCAGUCUGAAGUGAAGGGUCACUGAGCUCAGACACUCUCCAGUCUCUCCAUUGACUCACAGUUAUAUACACAUAGGGGAAAGUCACACAAAUCAACACAUCCACACAGGGACACUUACUCCCUGACAUUUACACACACAAACUCUUUGGUACACCCACACAAAGACUCAUCCGUGCACAAACACAGACACACAUUCACAAACAGGCCCUCUGAGCAGGAUGAGGGAACCCUGGAGGUGCCUGCUGGGCCUGUGCCUCCUGGCAUGCUCGGUCUCCACCCACAGUGCUGCCAAUCCCUUCGCGGGGCAGCAGACCCCACUGGACCCUUGCUAUGACGACACAGGUGCAGCCCGCCGCUGCAUCCCCGAGUUUAUCAACGCCGCCUUUGGUAAGGAGGUGAUGGUGUCCAGCGUCUGCGGCCGGCCUCCGUCCCGUUCGUGCAGCGUGGUGGAGCGGGGAGACGACCGGCCUUCCGUGCGCACGUGUCAAAUCUGUGACGCGGCUGACCCUCGCCGCGCCCACCCUGCUUCCUACCUCACCGACCUCAACUCAGCCCACAACCUUACCUGUUGGCAGUCAGAGAAUCUGAACACCUCGCCGUACAAUGUGACUCUCACCCUUUCAUUAGGAAAAAAGUUUGAGAUCACCUAUGUCAGCCUGCAGUUCUGUUCUCCAAGACCUGAGUCCCUGGCCAUUUACAAGAGCAUGGACUACGGCAAAACCUGGAUGCCAUACCAGUUCUACUCCUCGCAGUGCCGGCGUAUGUAUAAUCGGCCCAACAAAGCAACCAUUACCAAGCAGAACGAGCAGGAGGCUCUAUGCACAGAUGGCCACACUGACCUCUACCCACUCUCUGGAGGACUCAUUGCUUUCAGCACUCUGGAUGGACGGCCCUCUGGUAAAGACUUUGACAACAGCCCAGUCCUUCAGGACUGGGUGACCGUCACCGACAUCCGUGUUGUCUUCAACCGGCCCCAGCUGCCCCGGGAGCUGGGACUGGGGGCUGGGGGCAGCAACAGCGAUGACCCUGCGUCGGUGACAUCGACACUGGCAACUUAUUUCUACGCAGUGGGAGACUUCCAGGUGGGCGGGAGGUGUAAAUGCAAUGGACAUGCCUCACGCUGCCUGAAAGACAAGGAAGGCAAACUGGUGUGCGACUGCAAACACAACACAGAAGGGCCUGAAUGUGACCGCUGCAAGCCCUUCCACUAUGACCGACCGUGGCAGAGGGCCAAUGCCCGGGAGGCCAACGAGUGCCUACCAUGCAACUGUAACCUUCACGCCCGCCGCUGCAGAUUUAACAUGGAGCUGUACAAGCUAUCGGGGAGGAAGAGCGGAGGAGUCUGCAUGAACUGCCGCCACAACACUGCAGGACGCCACUGCCACUACUGCAAGGAGGGCUUUUACAGAGACAUGGCCAGGCCGAUCACUCACCGUCGAGCCUGCAAAGCCUGUGACUGCCACCCUGUGGGUGCAGCGGGCAAGACGUGCAACCAGACCACGGGCCAGUGCCCCUGCAAAGACGGCGUCACCGGCAUCACCUGCAACCGCUGCGCCAAGGGCUACCAGCAGAGCCGCUCACCUGUGGCCCCGUGCAUCAAAAUCCCAGUGGCCAACCCCACAGCUGUGGUGAGCAGCACAGAGGAACCAGCAGAUUGCGAGUCCUAUUGUAAACCAGUGAAGGGCAACCUUAAGAUCAACAUGAAGAAAUAUUGCAAGAAAGAUUAUGCGGUCCAAGUGAAUGUCCUGGACAUGGAGACAGUGGGGGACUGGGCCAAGUUCUCAGUUAGCGUGGUCUCUGUGUACAAGAGUCGCGGCGAGCCUUUGAAACGAGGCGACAACAUCCUGUGGGUGCACAUGAAGGACCUAGCCUGCAAAUGCCCCAAGAUCCAGAUGAGCAAACGAUUCCUGGUGAUGGGCGGCAGCGAUGGCGGGACGGGCACGGGGACGGGGACAGGGGUCGGCCCUGGGGGUGGAGCCGCCAGCCCGGGCGCGGAGCGUGUGGGCCUGGUGGCCGAUAAGAACAGCCUGGUGAUCCAGUGGAGGGACGUUUGGACGAGACGCCUGAGGAAGUUCCAGCGCAAAGAGAAGAAGGGAAAGUGCAGCAAAGCGUGAUGGGAGAAGCAGCGUCCAUCGCCUACCUCCCCCCGCCCCUCCAUCGCCCACCUUCAUGAACCCUGAUCCAGUGAUCUCCCUCCCCUUCCCCUGAGUCCUUUCUCCCCCAUCACAGGAACACUGCACAUUACAAAGACUGCAUGUACCCUCCCUGUUUUAAGGACCACAUUUUGUGUAUAUUGUAUAAUUAUUUUCCUUUUUAUUUUUCAAGUUUUGUCUUUGUUAUGUCACGUGUCUUUUUGUCCAUUGGUUUGCCUUAAAAAGGGACCAUUAAAAAGGGUAUGAAGUGUAGACAAAAGCAGACGCCAUUCCCUCCCUCAACGACGACAGCAGUAAUGUCCACUCGUCCCCCAAACCGUGAUCCCCUGCCUCCCAGUCUCCUCCUCCUGUCUCCUGCCACUUGUUUCUCUAUUCACAAGACUCACACCUCACAUACUUCUCUGAGGAUUUUAUUCAACAGUGUUUGUCACAUCAGAGACAGACUAAUAUCAGCAAUGAGACAAGGUGCACACCCUCAGCUUGGCUGCCUCACGUUUCAUUAUUGAAACAACUCGGAUCAGCACGAGCUGGUGCACCUGACAACCUUUCGACAUUUGGUGUUAAAAUGUUCAUUUUAAUAAAUGGGCCUACUUGUUCCAGGUCUCUGCAGUAACGUCUAUGGACAAUUAAAAAAAAACAAACAGACAAACAAACAAACAAACAAAAAAAAAAAACUCUUGUCCCAUGAGGAACCAAGGGCUCCCUUUGCAGGGACAUUUUCCACAGCAAACCUCAGUCUCACCACCACUGCUGCUGCCACCAGACAGCCCUCACAGACUAAACUGCUCAUGUAGGCUUGUAUAUCAAGUAUUUGAUGCCACUGCUCAUAGUAGAGUUUAUAUUCUUCAUGUGGCUAUUUUGUUGUCUCAUCCAUCCAUAUCCCAGCCAUAUCCUUAUUUGAGAUAUAUCCUGUUGUUUCAUUUUAAGCAGAACAAAGCCUGUUGGCAUGUGUGAGUCACAUGCCAGCCCUCUAGAGCUGUGCCUCUAGUCCCUCUCAUGAGUGGUUUAUAAAGUCAUGCAUCACCAUUAUGACUCAUUGCUUGUCACUUUUUUCUGGAAGAAAGAUUAAGCAUUGUGGACAAAUGGCUGGAAUUUCAGAACAAUACCAAUAUUUCCAAGGACUUUUUUUGCUUUAUGGGUAAUGUCUUCUGUGGGGUAGUGGCCUUCCAGAUGUUAAUGUGUGGCCACUGUCAUUUCCUCGUCUUUAAAUGUCAUUUUUCUAAUGUGUCUAGUGACUGGCAGGCUUUUGUUUGCCAAAAUAAGAGAUUGAAAAGAGAGUUCCUUUUCAUGCAGUAAAAAGACAACAAAGUCAGAUAAACAACAUAGUCGUGUUUUUCUCUAGUAUAUUUUGACAAAAUGAAUGAGGCUGGAAAGUUUUUAGUGCUCACUGAUUGUAUUAUGACAUGAGAGGAUCAUAUUUCAUUCCUCAUGUGCUUUGUUAUGUUUGCAUGUUUGUGGUUUUUGCUGGUCCAUCAAAACCUUACAGUUAGCAGAGCAAGAACGAAACCAAUAUGAGCAUCAAGAUCCAAAGGAGUUAUCUUCCCUCCGCUUGCCUACCCGAACGCAACCCCUGUCAUCCUUUGCCAAAUAAGCAUAGUCAGUUUUAAAAUUUAAUUAAGAGACUAUGAAAGUCGGGGACCAACGAAAACCACAGAGAGAGACCCGUCUGGUCGCUCUCAAGCUUUUUAUCUGCCUGUAAAGCAUAUUACAAUUUAUUUAAAUAGAAUACAAGAUAAACACACAAUUUUGAGGAGCAUGUCAAGCCAGUGUAGCAGUGAGUGUGCCGAGAGGCAUGUCAUGCUAGCUAGUGGUUACACUCCUUAGGUUGCGGCGAUAAGUUUGGUUUGUCAUUCUUCCAAAAGUGUCUCCGUGUCAGCCGCCACCCCACACCCCCACCCACCCCCAAACCCCCUUUUUAAACCCAUUUUGCGUGUCUUGUAUUCAGUGUCUUAGAUAAGUGACAGCACAGAACGAGGCUGCCGUACCUCCUCAGUGGUGUACUGUACUGCACUGUAGUUCUUGUUUUCACGUCUUAUGAGAAUGUAUGUCAAAACUGUGAAGAACACACUCACACAAGUGUAUGGUCUGAUUGUAAGUGUUUUUGAAAUAAUGUCACCUAAGCCUAAGAAUGUGGACACCAUGACAGCUGAUGUUACUAUAAACUAUGAACAGAGUUGGUGUUUGUUCAAAUGAUCGUGGUUCUUCAUGCUUAUCUGUCUGUCUUAUGAUGACAUUUUAAUAAUCCAGUCCAAAAACAACAACCCGUAACCAAAAUGAGUUAUCACCCACCAUGAUUUCUGGUGUGUGACGAAUAAGCGAAGAAGAACAAAACAAGUGUUGAAGUUUUGACAGCUCUAUGCCCGGGGGCACAAUUCCCACUGGUGAAAUUUCACAAAAAUGCAGAACCAAACAGUCAAUUAUUUGUGCGUUGGACUGUCCGCAGUGGUCUGUUGGACAGGUGGUGUCAGUAGCACCAGUCUCCCCGACCCUGGUAUGUGAGCAUGGCGUGACACAUUAUGAUGGAUGGUCAAAUUACGUGCCCACGAGGCCUCUCCGCCACUCGUGGACGAUCUGUAGCGUCCUUGAAUCUGGAUUUUCUUACACGUGGAAUUGCACCAAAACCCUUCUUUCCUUCCUAUCGGCUCUCUCUGUUUUCCUCUCUUUAAGUGCCACCCUGAAUGUUGGAAUAAAGAUAAGAAGUAAGAGUGAGCCAGAUGUUGUUUGGGGGGUGGAAGUGUAGUCUUGUGAAAGCUAUUUAGUGAGCCUCAUAGGGAGAGCUGUCCUGUUGUUUUACGUUAACAAGCCCAGCAGCUUGGCAGUGGAACUGAGGCCAUAACUGCUUUGCUUUGUUUCCCUAACCCCCCUUUUGUAGCAUUUAUAGCAUUCACAGGUGUGUGUGUGAGUGUGUGUCUAAUUAACCUACCCAAGUAAACAAGUGAUAUGCACAUGAACUGAAAGCGCAGAGAGUUUUCGGGGGAUAGCCUAUGAUAAAGAAUUACCAUCUACAUUUUCCCGGUCAGAUUCCCAUUUUUUUCCUAUUUCACUUCCAUCUACACAUUUGCCUUGUUUAAUAAGUCAUUUUUAAUGUUGUAAAUAUGUACUGAACUGCCUCUGCCAAUUAUAUUGUCUUUUUGUAAAGCAUCACUCAGCCUGGGAUGGCUCACGUGUAUGGAUGUACAAACCAGAUGAUGUUAUAUGGAUGUAGAAACCAGAAACAUAUGCUUUUGUGAUCAUGACCAGAAGAUGUGGUUCAGAUAUUACACAGAAUGUAUUCCUUUUGGUUUUAUGUUGGUUCCAGACAACAGCCGCCCAAUUGUAAAUGACUUAGAGGAGAAUCGAGUAAAAGAAAAAAAAAAAGAAAAAUGACACAGGCUGAUCGGACCCUCUGCUUUUCCCAUAGAGGUACAGGCGGGAACUGACACAACAACCCACCACUUUCUGUUACAUUAACGUGCUGGGAAUAAUGGUUCAUUCACACAAAAAAAACUCCACCUACCUUUCUUUAGGAACAAAGGGAUUCUUCCCUUAUUUCAGCCCUGUUCUUCACCUCUGUAUUAUCAGAGUCUUCCUUGUACAUUUUCCUCUGAGGCAAUGAACCACUGACUUUUUAAUCUAAAUGAUAAAAAAUAAAUUAUUAGUUAAUGA